GAUAUGUUGGGGUCCUCUCAGUUUAGUAGUGUAAAUCGCUGCCUGCGUGAAAAUACUUUUGCAACGUAUAGACGCAGUUACAGUACUGUCCUCCUUAAUAAGGAUGCAAAUAAGGGUAAAUAACUACAAAUUUUCAUAAUGAGCGACCCCCGAAACGACUUCCUGUUGCACAGAGCCGCUUGGGACAACGACUUCCGGCGUUUGGAUUCACUCCUGGAGACAGGAAAGGAGGAAGUGGACAGGAAGGACCCUCGAGGCCGGACGCCUCUCCACUUGGCUGUCUCUUUGGGGCACAUUGAGUCGGCCAGAGUCCUCCUGCGCCACAAGGCAGACGUCGCCAAGGAGAACGCCCAGGGAUGGACAGUCCUGCAUGAGGCGGUGAGUACCGGAGACCCCGAAAUGGUCCAUUUGGUCCUCCAGCACCGGGAUUUCCAGCAGACCGCCAAUACUUUAGGAGGGGUCCCCGAGCUGCUCCAGAAGAUCAAUCAGACACCGGACUUCUAUGUAGAGAUGAAGUGGGAGUUCACCAGCUGGGUACCGCUGGUGUCACGCGUAUGCCCGGCAGAUGUGUGCCGCAUCUGGAAGAGUGGGGCUCGCCUGCGCGUCGAUAUCACACUCCUCGGGUUCCAAAACAUGAGCUGGGAGCGUGGGAAGAGGAGCCUCGUCUUCCGCGGAGAAGAGUCAGGCCGAUGGGCAGAGCUGAUGGAGGUCAACCACGAGGAGAAGGUCGUGUGGAUGGAGCGCUUUGAGCUGUCUGGGCAGAUGGGCCGCCUGACACUGGACGACAUGACGCCCCGCAGGCAGGAAGUGGAGCGCCGCCUGACCUCCCCCCUCCUCAGAACUGUCCUCGACACACGCAACAUCGCCUUCGAGAGAAACACAUCCGGUUUUUGGGUCUGGAAGACGGAGCGGAGCGAAGUGGUCAGCGACUAUGAAGCCAAGGUCUAUACAGCGAACAACCUGAACGUGGUGACGUGCAUUCGAACAGAACAUCUCACCCAGGAAGAAAAGAGGCGGUAUAAAGCCGAACGGAGCACCUUUGAGUCUCUCCUGGGGACCAUAGAGCACAAAGACGAGGCACAGCAGGACCGAAGCACAGAGUCCGCCUCAACCAACAACCCAACGGCCAUCGCCCCGGAAGAGUACUUUGACCCCAGAUUUGACCUCAACAACCGGGACAUUGGGAGGCCCAAGGAAGUGACUGUCCGCACACAGAAGUUGAAAGCAACCCUGUGGAUGAGCGAGGCGUUCCCGCUGUCGCUGGUGGAGCAGGUGGGCCCCAUUGUGGAACUGAUGGCGCGCAGCAGCCCCCACUUUGCCCGGCUCCGAGACUUCAUCGCCCUCGACUUCCCCCCCGGCUUCCCACUCAAGAUUGAGAUCCCUCUGUUCCAUGUUCUAAACGCCCGCAUCACCUUUGGAAAUGUCAACGCAUGUCGUGGGGAAGAAGUGGUGCAGAACGUUCCAGAAGAUGGCCAUCCUCCUCCUCGAGAAGCCCCUCCCUUCGUGGUAGACCCAUCUGUCUUCGAGGCCCCGCCCACAUACCACCGCCAAAACAAUGAGGACAAUAACGACAGCGGGAGGAGCGUAGGGCGGGCAACGCAGGACGAGGACAACAAGAUCAUGCAGUUCGCCAUCCGGCAGAGCUUGAUCGAAACCCGACGCGGAGAGGAGCCCUUUGGCCCAGAUUCAGAUGGCGCUGUUGCAUACUCCCAAGACCUCAGCCUUCAGUACCAAAGGGCCUUGGAGGAAAGCUUGCAUCCAGCCCCGGGGCUGAUCCCGAGGGACCCCUCGAGCUUUGAGCGGGACCUGCAGCUCGCCAUGGAGCUCUCCGUCCGUGAGGAACAAGAAGCGGAGCGUCGGUGGCGUCAGGAGGAAGACGCCGCCCUCCAGGAGGCUCUGCGGCUCUCCCUCACAGAAAAGUAGCAAAUCCUGGAGGCAAAAUGGCGACCUUCGGGCACAAAAUGGCCUCCCUCGUUUUCACGGAGACCAGCCAAGGCUGGAGCAAUAUGCGGAGAGAGGAGACGAUCCGAAUCCUGUAAACAAAAUGGCCACCGUACUCUUCCCUCUCAAGAGAUACCUAUCAUCGGAAUGAGAAUUCAUUUCGUUCUUCCUCUCAAGGACAAAAUGGCUGCCAUUUCUGGACAAAUAUCUGAAUGAAAAGCUCAUUUCAUUCUUCCUUUCAGGGACAAAAUGGCUGCCAUGGAGACAAAAUGGCCAUCAUUAUCUCACCUCUUAAGAAGACAAAAUGGCCACCCAUUUGGGGCCUAUCAUCCCAAUGAGGAUGCAUUUCAUUCUUCUCUCAAGGACAAAAUGGUCACUGUGGAGGAAAAAAUGGCCACCAUUCUCUCUCCUCUUAAGAGGUUGAACUAACUGCUUAUUUUUGGCCUAUCUCAUUUUUAAUCUUUAGGACAAAAUGGCUGCCUGUUUUCGGACAAAUAUCCCAAUGAGAAUUCAUUUAGUCUUCCUCUUGAAGUCAAAAAGACCAGCAUUCUCUCCCCUCUCUUAAGAGGGCAAAAUGGCCGCCAUUUUGGUACAAAUAUCUGUAUAUUUGUAUAUUCAUUUAGGACAAAAUGGCUGCUUGUUUUCGGACAAAUAUCCCAAUGAGAAUUCAUUUAGUCUUCCUCUUGAAGUCAAAAUGGCCACCAUUCUCUCCCCUCUCUUAAGAGGACAAAAUGGCUGCCCAUUUUGGGGCAAAUAUACAAAUGAAAAGCUCAUUUUGUUCUUCCUAUUGAAGACAAGAUGGCCGCCAUCUCAAGAUGGCUGCCCAUUUGGUAGAAAUAUCCAUUUGUGUCAUGCAUGGCUGCCGUUUUUCUCUUUAAAAAACCCAAAAUGGCUGACUUGCAUUCUCACUGCAGACCAACAUGGCGUCCAUUUUGGGGACAAAUAUAUCCAAAUGUAAAUUCCAUCAUUAGGAAGACCAAAUGGCUGCCAUGUUUUCUCCCUUCUUUAAGAGGAGACAAAAUGGCCACCGUUUUGGGAGACAAAUAGGAUCUGAAUGGGAAAAAUAGUAUUUAGUUGUUUCUUUCUAACCGAAAAUGGUGGAAAUGCCAUAAAUUACCUUUAUUUUGCCUUAAAUAUAUAUGUAUGUAUAUAUAUUGCCUUUCAGCAAAGAGUAAACCAAAGA